AGGAGGGAAGGAGAGGGGAUUGGUUUGUUGGUGUCCGAUCUUUCCCGACAAGAGCCGAGUGUUUCCGAGUGCUCGGCAUAUUUUGAACGUCUUCCAAAUGUUGAGCCGGAGUCGCCGAGUGCAGCCGCAGAAGCAGUAGCAUCUCUUGAGGAGGGCGAGCCGUGAAGUGGAGGGAGUGGGAGAGAGACCGGGAGACCCACGUAAGCAGCACCGCUGGACUUCCUCUGCAGCCUCCUCCAGCAUCCUGCAUCAUCGUCAUCAUCAUCCAGACUGCCUUAACGAGGUACCGUAUAGAGCCAGGAUGAGGACAGCCAGUGUGGUCACACUCACUUUUCUGCUUGCCACAGUUCUGUCAGUCUCUGGAAAAGUCAAUGAGGAAACUAUAAAGUUGUUCCACGGUGAGGAUUUCCACAUCAUGCUGCACGCCCACAACCUGGAGGUGAUUUUUCACAAUAGGUCGGCUCCACGCUCCCCGGAUGUGGUCCUGAUGCGGGGCGGCCAGGUGGUCAACAACAGGGCCAAAUUUAACACCCACUUCAGGUACCUUAUCAUCGACGCUGUGGGCGAAGGAGAAGAGGGGGUGUACACCGUAAAGAACCCAGAUAACCCAGAGGACGUCAGACGCAUCACUCUUAUAGUUCGAGAUUGUACUAACGAGCAGACCGUUAAAUAUGGGGAAAAUUACCGUAUUGCACUGUUGGGGGUGACGGCCCCCAUCACUUUGGAGUACAAGCCCAGCGCGGUGGAGGCCAACCUGACAGCCAGACCCGCCCUUGUGCUGCUGACAAGCACGGGCGUGGCCAGAGAAGGCUACCAGGGUCGGAUCAGCGUCAAUGAACACCAUGUCCUCCUGAAGACAGCGACGGGGGCGGACGAGGGUAGCUACACCAUCAGGGACGCCCGAGGCAGUAUCAAGAGGAAAGUUUGUCUCCAAGUCAUCGAGCACCAGAACUUUGAGAACCUGCUUCAUGGGGAAAAACUGAAAAUAAACCUGAUACUCAACAGCUCCUUGGUACACUUGUACUACAGCCCUGAUACUGACCACACACCCCGCCUGCUCAUGGAUAAAGGGGAAUUUACACAUGCCCAAACAGAGCUGGGCUUUGAGGGCCGCCUGUCCUUGGAGGGCUCACAGGUCAUCUUGGAGAAGGUCAAGCGUUCUGAUGAAGGUCUGUUCAAAGUUACUGACAUUCUGGGAUUCCCUGUGUCCAACGUCCACUUGGAACUCAAACCCUACAAGUUGGAAUCUCUUUAUGUGGCCAUCAUCGCCCUACUGGGCCUGCUGGUCUUCCUCCUGCUGGCCUGCCUGCUGUCCUGCCUGAUCAAAGUCAAGAAGAGGGCCAAGAGGGCCGCCGCCUUGGAAAAGAUUGCCCAGAAUGCUGGCAAGGAAGACGAGGGAGAAGCCUUCAGACAGGUGGUAAAGAACAUCACCAAACUUAGCGAGGAAUCCAAGCAUUCCCAGGCGGACAACACAGAGAAAUCUCAGAGCACUGAAGUGGACAUUAAAGGUCUGGAGGUGUCUUCUAAAGAGGUCGGCAUUGGUAACCUCGAUACCAGUGAUUCCGGUGUUGGUUUUAACACCGCUCUCCCCCUGGACACUGACACUGACGCCCCGGACCAAAUCCCUGACUCGGAGGCUGUGAGCAUCUCUGUUCCCCCGGAGACCAAAUCACCGGCCGCUAUGGAAGUAAAAGCAAGCCCACUAGCUGAAACCAAAGCCGUCCCCGAGAUCAAGAAGACCCCCGAUCAUCAGUCAGUUAACUUGGACGUGCCCAAACCAGCAGACGUAAAACCCAGUCCAGCCUCAAGUCCGGAACCCAUGAAUGCCGUCAGUCCAGCUGAUCAGAAACCUGCUGCCACCCUAAAAGCCACCAGCCCGGCAGCACCAGAAUCCAAUAACAUUCCCUUUGCAACUGAUCCAAUCGAGAACUCCGUGCCGACACCACCGGAACCCGUCCCAAAUUGCACACCCGAGCCAGGCCCGGAUCAAGCGGAUCUUAUCGGAGGUACCGCCUAAAAAGAGCGAAGUGAAUCCGGGGUUGAACCAAAGUGGGUAAAUACGAAGAUCCCACCAUCACCACCACUUUAGAACUAUAGGAUACCCUACAAAUACCCAAGGGGAACCUCACCCUGCAGAUCAUCACCGUGCACCAUCACUUUCUAAACCAACAGUGCAGAGCAGUGUGUAAAGUUAUUAAUAUCUUAAAGUUAAUAUUAUUUUAUCUCACAGAAACCUUUGGAUUGUUAGACAUCUAAAGUGGGGUACACACACGUAGAGUAUAACCCAUGUUUUAAUGACGAGUGGCAGUAAAGUGCCGAACAUCUAACCUCGGUGUAUUAAAUAUUGAACGUGUAUAUCUGGAAAAUGUUUAUUAACAUAUAUUUGUAUCAUUUUUGGAGCAGAUAAGGAAGUUUCAAUUCAAUUUUAUCAUCGUUCAUAUUGUUUUUAUGUGUGUGCCCCGCUUUAGCUGCACAUUUCUUGCAGCCUUUUAUCUUUUAUAAGAUGUAAAAAGAAAAGUGCCAGACUGCAAAUGAAAUCCUUUGCAGAGUUUACAAUUACAAAGUACACAUAAGGUAUUUCACUAAAACAUCUACUAUUUGGCCUCACCGUAACACUGAAUGCCUAUUUACUUACUAGCAUGCAAAAUAUGCAAAACAACAACAACAAAAAAAAGCAGCUCUUUUUUGAUGUCAACAUCACCCCACGUUAACAUGAUAUGCAAUCACAUUUACCAAACAAUAUGUUAUGUAGAACUUUCAAACACAGCCAUUAUACCAUCGCCACUGUUAGUUAAAUGCUGCAUUCACGGCUACUGGGAAAUAGGAAAUAUUGUGUUUUUACAGGACUGUGAUUAAACCUAAUAUUUGUUUUUAUUUAUAACAGAGUAUGGCAUAAAUAAUGAACAAAUUACACAAAUAUCUCUAUAUAUAAUAUAUAUACAUAUAUACUGUAUAUUGAUCACUAUCUCUCAUGGCACCGUAUCGCUAUACCAACAACAGAUAUUGAUUGAUUACCAUGAUGUCAGUCGCUUAUCACUUAUUGAGUGUCCUCAUUUAGUGUUUUCCCGCAAUUUUAUCACAGAAAAAAAGUGGUGCACUGAGAUAUGAUAAUAUGAUAUGAUAUAGUAUAUAUAAUCCUUCAUAUUUUUUUGAAGAAUGCAUCAAAAGUGUGUUUUGUUUAGUAUUGUAAAUGAAAUAUGAAGGUCAUGAAGCCAUGUUGUCCCGUUUCCGAUAAAACCGCAGUCAUCGCUAAGCCAUGCUAGGCCGUUGUUGUUUACACGCUUGUACUAUCCAAUCUAAAACACACCUCAAAGGAUGCUGAUUGGUCUGUUGGUUUUUUGGGUGAUCAAUUACAAUAUUUGUUUUAUUAUUUUUGUUAUUCCCUUUUACUUGUUGUUGCUUCUUUUAGGCUUUAUUUUUCUUUAAAAAAAAACCCAGACAAGUCAUCCUUUAUAUUGUAACUCAGGGGGUUCUCAACCAUUUCGACUAAAAUAAUUAUAGUUUUUCAGUUCCGCCCCUUUAAGAUGUAUUCAAAAAGCAUAACAGAACACACAAAUAAUUAACGACCCUCCAUUAACGCCAUUAAUGUAUCCAUUAGUGCCAAAAAAAUACAAAUACAUGCAGUUUAUGCGGGUGACAAAGGCCAGUGCUUGUAUAUUACAUAAUAACACAUUAUUUCUAUAUUGAUAAUGACUUCUACAUUUGACCUGGCUCAGCCCUGACCACACCCGACUGGUUGGGAACCCCCCCCCUCCUGCAAAUGACCUAUUCAAUGUAUCCAAAAUAGUAUUUUGUCAUCGCUCCAGUUUAUCCAGUUUAUUCAGUUAACACAAUCUUGCUCCAGAUAUGUGUGUAGUCAUGUGACUAACACAUGCCUCUACCUCAUGAAAAAAUAAUGACUGUCCGAUUUGGGUGUAUUGAUAUUGAUAUUGACCAAAAAAAAAAGGAUUAAUAGUAGAAGCACAGAAAAAGAACAAUUAUAGAUCAGUGAAAUACGGAAAGUAAGAAAGAAUAUGAGACAAUAAUUCAGCAUUUACAUACUAAAGCCAUAAUAUUUACCUGAAGGUUCCUAAAUACAAACUGAUCGACUCAAAAAUAUGUAAUACAAAUGGUGCCUCUAUGCUUAAUGGCCAACUGUGUUCUAUGAAUGGACAAAAGCCUCGCAUUCUGGCUAAAAUUAACUAACUAAUUAAUUAAUCAGUGGAACAAAGAUGCGAACACACACUCCAGCCUUGUACAUAAUGCAUGUGUAAAAGCCCUUUAUUAACCCGCUAAUUAAAUUUUGUGUAUGGAAUGGUUAUUGUAUCAUACUAAAAAAAAAUAAAGAAGAAUUAAAAUUUCUCACCAAUCGGAAUAUUUAAAAAUAUCUCUCUCUCAUGCUAUACUAUACCAACUAAUACACACUAAUGCAUCAAGCUGAUUUAAAAGGUAAGCAAUGACAUGUAUAGAGUCUAUAUCCGCUGUUUUCAGGGUUAUCUGAUAUUAUUGCAAGCUUGCUCGCAGUAUUCCCAUGUUGUGUUCAAAUGUACCUGAUGCCACUGAAUGCAGCAUGGCCACAGAAAACAUGCAGGCUUUUUUGUCAUCGUACACUUUAUAUACAGUAUAUGUGUGGGUGUGUUCAUCACAGCAGUGAUAAAGAUGUGUGUGUUUUGCCUGUAAUACAUGCUUGUGUUUAGUGCACUUUCAUCUGUGUGUGUGUGUAUGUGUGUGUGUGUGUUGUGUGUGUGCGCGAGGUGUCGAUGUGUGUGAAGAAAAGCAAGUGCUAUGUUCCACAAGUUAUGAGUGUUAAUGUGCUCACAGAUGUAAAAAAAACAACACUAAAUGUUGUUGUUUACUUUUAUUUUUAGUGUUGUCAAUGUAUUGGAUCGACGGGCUUCUUUUCUGUCUGUUACCGGUGUGUUUACGUACAUAUUACAUAAUACUCACAAGCCAAAACAUAAGGUACAUCUGCAAUUUUCUGGGGGUAAAGUUUGCACCGAUGACCGCCAUAUUUGGCCACUACAUGUUCUAGACCAGUGAUUUUCAACCACUGUGCCUGCGGCACACUAGUGUACCUUGAGAAACCGUCAGGUGUGCCGUGAGGAAUUAUCCAAUAUCACUUUUUAUAGUUAACAUUGAUUAAUCAUCAUUUGCAAAUAUUAUGUCAAUAGCCAUGAAUAUAUGGACCCAAAUAUUCCAAUUGCGUUUGGUAUAUUUGCUCAAACGGAAAGAAUUGAACAGGGGUGGAAUAUUCCUUUAACCAAUCCAAUUCAAGUAUCUUGUACCCGCUCAAACGGAAAUUUGUCAGGGUGCGUUCUUCUUCGUGGUGUUUUUCUUCUUCUGUUGUUUAUUGGCGGUUGGCAAGCAGCUUUCGUGUGCAUUACCGCCAUCUGUGAAACAGAAUCUGAACCCUUCUAUACGCCAUUCACAAGUCCGGUUUUAUUAAAAAAGAAAAUAUACAUCUAUAUAAAACAUGUCCUGAGUUUAAUUAUAAAAUAUUAGCAAGAUUGAUCCCGGGUGCGUUCCUUCAGCGCAUGCGGAUAUGAUAUAACGUAACAUGCAACUCCAGACGUUCUUCAGUUUUAAAAAUGGAGGCGAACAAUCGGCAUUGGACUGCUAAGCAAAGUUUGUUUUUGAUUCAAACUAAAUUUUAAGACUGGACAGAAGAAAAAUUGACAAUACAGAGUUAUUCCAACAAGUGAAAGAAAAACUCGGGGAAACCGGUAUCACGUGACGUUGAUAUUUACGUUUUACCGCACAUGACCCAUUGACUAUUCUGUUUGAUUUUCACGGUGCAUGUAAACAAGAGAUUGGAAUAUUCCUUUCCAUGGAUACCAUUGCUUCCCGAAAGGUCAUUUGGAAAACGUGGCUACUGUCGAGUGUCUGUGGUGUAAAGACUGGCAGAGCCAUGUAAUAUUGGUCCGUGUGGCAACACCUACCUUGUUCCUCCGAUAGACUUAUUGAUGCACAUGUGAAGUCAUGGUGACAUUUUGUAACAUUUUUGGAUAGUGGUGUGCCAGAUUUUUCCAAUGUAAAAAACGUGCCGUGGCUCAAAAAAAGGUUGAAAAACACUGUUCUAGACAAAUGGACACUGCCAAAUUGUGAAGACUAUAGAUGUAACGAAGACUGAAUCAACAGUGCCUCUGCUGGUUGCAGCCAAGUGGUGCACUCCAUCUUGCCCACCAUAUAAAUAAUUUCAUAUUAAAGGUCCCCUAUUACAGUAUUUUCACCAUCCAUCCAUCCAUCCAUCCAUUUUCUAUACUUAUAUCUAUGCCUCAACAAUUGACGGAGAUAAUAUCUUUUGUUGCUCAUAAACAGGCUUUGGAGACGCAUAGUAGGGGGCCUUUAAUAGUACCAUGUAGCAGAUAUUAAUAGUAGCAGGUUGUCUUUAUUUUUCUCAAGCUGCUACGCCAACCGCUAAGGUCCUCUGCCCCCCCCCCUCCCCCCAGAGAAGGUGCUGCUAUAGACCCUGAGAGAAGCGUAAUCUGUUGUUGUCAUAUUGUUUCAAGCUAUUGUUUUCCCCCCCCUGCACUAACACCACACAACCACUGUUGUAAAAGCCAAUACACUAUACAGUAUGUGUGUCUGUUUCUGUACGAGUGCUGCAAUGUCCAUAUGUUGUAAAAACAAACAAAAAAAUCUUUAUAUCUUGACUAUUUCAUGGCUUCAGAGAGCACCAAGAAUAAACAGGCAAUUAUGA